AUGGACACAUGCUUUCCAUCAUGUCUCUACCCAGAUGACCAAGAAGCCGCAUUGCUCUGCGCCAAAAUUGACUUCUGUCUAAUCUUCGAAUGGGCCCAACAUCGCUUCGCCCAGCUUAGCCGUCUCUCCAACCAGGAGAUUCUAGCCCUCGACGCCGAGCUGCAAACGGGGUACAAGAGCCUAACUCAAGAAACCAAACGGGUUGGCAAUGCUCCUCAAAGGUUCCGGUUCGCGCGAGAGCUAUUGAAAACGAGAUAUUACAACGCCCGAAUCAUUCUCGCGCGAUCCCUUAUACUCUUCGUGGCUCACGACUUGAAGCGUAAAACCCCAGAACUCCUUCCCGAACAAGGCCACAUACUCGAUGACUGCUGCUCCAUUGCCGCAGAAGCAAUAGACUCCACAGCACAAUACUGGUCCCCGAACCGCAUCCACGUGUGGCAUUCUUCAUGGUAUCUGUUUCAGGCAUGUACCGUGCCGCUGCUCAGCAUUUCAAUCAAAAGAAAUAUGGAACAGCGUCAACAGCAACAAGUAUCAUCACCAUUAUCAGACGAAGUCAUCGCCUGGCAGACGAGCUUGGCAAAAGCGCUGGACACAUUUACCGAAAUGCGGCCAUGGAUGCGAACAUCUGAUCAAUCCCCAGAUAUGGUGUCUGCGUUGUACGAGGCUCUUACAGCCACUGGGGAAGUGGACGGCCAAACGCCUUCUGCAACGGAGGGGAGCCUGGAUCUCUUUGGCUGGUGUAAUGAGCAGCUUACAGAGUUGGAUUGGGGAGUGUUUCUAGGUGAUGAAAGCUUGGCAAGGGGGAUGUAG